UCCCCGGAUCAUCCUGGUGGUCCUUCUCUCUCCUACAUGCUGUUCAAGCUGCUGCUGCUUGUCGCUUUACAGCUGCUGCUGUGGAGUUUGUCCAUAGCUGGGUUAUAGUAAAUAAAUGAGAUGCCAAAUGAGAUGCUGACAGUAUUUUAUAGUACCAAAAAAAACCAGGAAUGGUCACUUAACCUGUUGUUUCCUUCAGGGAACACCUCUGAAGACUAUUUAAGAACCCUAAGAAUCCAGAAUAUCCUGACCAAGAGAGCCGCCGCGUACAUGAGAGUCUCCAAUCCAAUAAACAGCUCAAAGCUGAGCUUGGUGGAGAAGGGCAUUUGUGAAGGCAUCCAAUGUGAGAGUGAAGAGCUGGUGAUACGGGAAGAAGGCCUCUACUUGAUCCAUUGCCACUUGAACUUUCAUUUUCCUGACUGUUCAAACAGCCCCAUCGACCUCAAGAUAGAGCUCCUUGUGAACGACAAAGUCGACAGGCAAACAUUAUCCACAUGGUGUGCAUCAGAAACGUGCCAAGAAAAGACUUUUAAGACCUUGUUCCAGCUCCAUUUAACAUACCUGAAUGUGAAGGACCGAAUAUCAGUAACACUCAAUCAUCCUAAAUUCUUGAAUGAGAUUUCUCUUCCCAAUGAUAAUGUUCUUGAGGUCUUGAGGUACAGCGAUGAGAUGUGA